UUCGACAAUCGAUAUUAUUUGCAAAGAUACACAUUUAAAAAGAAAUAUGCAUGCGAUUUGUAUAUCGGAAAUAUCACUGUGUUAGAUACAAACAAAGUUACGACCAUGAUCUUAGUGCACUUCAUCUUCCUCAGUAUUGUGCUGUUCUUAAAAGUAACCGUGGGGCAACAGCGAACAAAGGUCUUCACACACAAAACAAAGCUCGGCGCCAUUCGAGGCAUGAAAACUUUGAAUAAGGACUCUGUUGAGUUAUACACGUUUCUUAAUAUCCCCUACGCUCAAGCUCCGUUACGUAGAUAUAGGUUUACCAAACCAAGAGCGUUUGGUUCCUGGAAUGGGACACUAAAUGCUACCACAUAUGGUCCAGCCUGCCCUCAAGUUUAUAAUAAACAUUUUGUUAAAUAUGGAAUUAGUGAGGAUUGUCUACAUUUGAACAUUUAUGCUCCGCCUAAUUUGAUCAGUACCUCAAGAAAAUCCGUUAUGGUUUGGGUUCAUGGAGGUUCAUACACAGUGGGAACAGCAUCAUUUUAUGACGGAAGCAUGUUAGCAAAAACUGGAGGUGUUAUUGUUGUCACGAUUAACUAUCGUCUUGGUUUGUUUGGUUUUUUCGCUUUGAAAAAUUCUACAGCAAGAGGAAAUUAUGGUUUGUGGGACCAAAUGAUGGCAAUACGAUGGGUAAAAGAUCACAUCGAUGAUUACGGAGGAGAUCCGAAUAGCAUUACAAUUGUUGGCCAAUCAGCAGGUGGCUUCAGCGUUGGUUUCUUAGCUCUGAUUCCACAAAACAGAGGUCUUUUUCACAGAGUCAUAAUGCAAAGCGGGGUUCCAAAUUCAUCCCUAAAAAUCACACGCCCUGGCUAUGACACAUAUGCCACGUCUGAUGUUUUAUCCCGGCAGUGGUGUCCAUUUUUUGAGAACAGCAUCGCCAUGAGAAUCAUAUGCAUGCGAUAUUUAAACUCCACUUUCGUCACGUCUCAAUACAUUCCUUUUGCUCCAGUCGUUGACGAUGAUUUGUUUACUCAGGACUCUGAAGACAUUUUGAAAGAUACAAAUUCGUCUGCUUCCCUCUUUUUCAAGUCUCUAGAUAUCAUAGUCACCAACUGCGAUACCGACGGGUCUGUUCUGUUUCCGACUAUCGAAAACUUAGCGCAAAAUAUCAAGUUGGAUUCUUUGAUUAUGCCCGAUUUAGCAUGGCAUUACGGUGCGCAGUCCAUGCUGGAGGUAUACUAUGGAAAAAACAAACGGCUUCUAUCAAAUGUAUGGCGCUUCUAUGACUUCAAACAGAACGGCACAUUUGAAGAUCAAUGUCGUAAGUGGACCGAAUUAUAUACUGACCUCUUCUUCAAUGCGCCAUCGACAGAGAUCAUAAACACGCACUAUAACAAUAGGUCCUCAACAUUUAGAUUCAUAAUGUCAAGAAAGAGCCCCAUCUACCCCGGAAUCAUGUAUAAUGAACCAUCACCCCCAGGAUGGUUCCAUGGUGCCGCCCAUUCUGAUGAUGUAGUGUACUUGUUUCUAAUGGAAAAAUUACAAGAAUUAGAUCCAAACACGACAAUAAAAGCAACAGAGGCGGAUCUAAUGUUUUCCUCAAAAAUGAGACUAUAUUGGUCUAAUUUUGCCAAAACAGGAAAUCCAAACGACCCACGUCUGCCGCUUUGGCCGUGCUACAAUACAGAUAACAAAAGUUUCAUGCUGUUCAACCAAGAAAUUAGCUCCGGGAACUCUUACAGAAACAAAGAAGCGGAGUUUUGGUUGAAAGUUGUACCACACCUUCACGAGGACUUAGACAUCACCUCAUACUCGGACACAAGUACUGUCCUCUCUUUGAAAAGUACAAGUGAACUAUCCCAUGCAUCAUCAGCAAGACAUUAUACGCGAGUGUUUGGAAGAGAGAUCGUAUUUCAGAUGCUUGUGUCGAUAUUUCUAGUCUGUGAUUUUUAUUAGAAAGUGACCAUCAAUUCUGAUAUCUAUCUCUAGAAAGCGAUCCUAAUCAGGUAGACGUAUCACAAAACACGUGGGCUUUAUACAGUGUGAUUGAUAGAAUUAGACGCGACAGUUCAAAUUCAUUUCGAGUCACAAUCGCGUUUGGUCAAAAUAUACUGUUUCUUAGAAUUCAAGGGCGUCGAGAUUUUACACUAAGAAUGCGCGUUCACGAUCAAAUGUCGGUUUUUCCUUUGUGUAAUUUAUGCAAGACAGUCCGGCAUCCCGAAGCAGAAGAUGACAAUACAUAUAUUGAUACAUAUAUUAUUGACAAAUAUUGGGAAUUGGAGUAUUGAUAAUGUAAACACCCCUCCCCAAAAACCCAACAGCAACCCUUCAACCCAAAACCAGCCUACAGUUUAACCUUAAUAUCAGACACGUGUUACACUUUAUUACUAAUUCGGACCUGCAUCAGAACGCGCAUUCAUACAAAUUAGGUCGAAACCCAUCAUUAACUUAUCACACAGAUUAGGGUUUGAAAAGGUUAUGUACAGUUAAAGGCAGACUGAUUAAAUAAUUUUCCCCAGGAUAUAUUGCUUGAUAUACGUCACUGAAAAAAAUUACCCAUACUUUGAAGUAUGGUCCAUCACGGAUGAAAUGAGUUUUUACAUUCAUGGAUGUGACCCACAAUACCAAUAGGAAGACAUCAAUUGACCACCGCGAUGGUAGACUGUAUUCUAGACCUCCCACAUCGCACCAGUUAACCCUUUCAUACAUGUACGCAACAACUACAUUCUUAUCUGAUAGUAAACUUUUAUAUCAAUCUGAUCACGUAUGAACUGAUACCCAACUUCAACGGAAUUUGUAAAGCAUGUAUAACUUUCUGCAUUCAAGUGCAUGCAGGUGUUAUGUUACAUCCACAAAAUCACCGUAUCUUGAACCUGCCUGGGAACAUUUAAGUAAGAGUCGGGAAA